GCCUGUGAACCUCUCGAGGUUUUCCGCCCGGAGCUGUUGUCGUCGCUUCGCCAGCCCGCAUUGCAAAUGGAAAAUUUUGAAGAUGAAGACGACACGCACUUCUGCAACAAGUGUCACUCGACAAUCAACGGUCUCGACAACUACGUGCGUCACCGGCAAUCGGUCUGCCGCACUUCCGUCAACGUUAACUGUCCCUCUUCGACAUCAGGCGCCAUCUGUUAUCCUGAAAUUCUCAAUGCGGAUGCUUUCUUCAGUUCACUCGAGCUACAGAGCAGCGCAAAGCAAUCCCGUCCACGUCGGCCGACUGAUCAUACUCAACUACGCCGAUCCGGUAGGAAUUUGCGUAAGAAUCGACAACGCAAAGAAAAAUCUCUGGAUUACAAAGAUGAGUCCAAAGAAAAAUUGCCAAAUCUUCUACCUGUCGUCGCUGACUUUGACGAUCUGGGACUACCUUCCCUUGGAUUUCCCGAAAUUGUUGCUUCUACGAGCUCGACAAGUAAGUCAAGCGCGUCGAAGAAAAAGUCUGCAUCAGGGGCAAAAGCAAAGCACGAGCAGCUUGAAUCUAAACGUCAGCACGAUGAUCAUCGAGAGCAGUCUGAUUGGAUGGAUGACACCAUGCUCACAGGCCUUGAAGAGAACAAGGAAGAUAUGCAAACGCAUCUGGGCAGAUAUGUAGAUUACGAUUAUCAAUUUGAUGUCGACAGCAUGGAUCCCGAUGUCGGCGAGUCCGAUUCUUACACCGAUUCAGACUAUCAGGACAAUCAAUUUCCUCCGAGAAGUCACACCGGUGGAAAGUGGAAACCCGGCGGUACAGCACACGAAGAGAUGCAGACCCAGGACGACGACUAUGAGGAAAUCGAACAGCACCACGAGCAUCCACCGCCGACUUACACCGGUGGCAAGUGGAAACCAGAUGCCGCCGAGAGUAUCUCUCAGCAACAGAAGAGCGAAGUAUACGAAAGCAAAGAGAGCGCUACGACGAGCCAACAUCAGCAGCAGCAGCAGCAGCAGCAGCAGCAGCCACCACCGGGUCACAUGCGCGGCAAAUGGGUUCCGGGGGCACAGGCCGAUAUCGCCACGGGAUAUUGGUGCAGUCCCUGCGGUCGAAGGCUUGCCUCGCGGCUGGUUUACGAGCGGCACCUGCUCUCCGAUCUGCACGCGCGAAGGAGCAUCCAGGAAAUCGACGGCGCUGCCCUGCAAAUGCCUCUGCUGGCUACUGCUAACGCUCUCGCCACCGGCGCUGCGUCUGCUCCGUUACUCCGUGACGCCAAUCGUAGUCGACGACAAAAGGCUCUCGCCUUGAAAAAUCACAGUGAAUUGGGAAAACCGCAGUCAUCGUCGCCAAGCCGCGAACAGCAGCAGCAGCAGCGCAGAGCAGCCAAGGACAAGAAGCAGCCGCAGCGUCAACGCCAGAAAGAAGUGUUGUCGUGCGAGAUGUGUCGAGCGCGAGUACGACGUGGUCAAAUGGGCAAGCACCUACUGUCGCAUUAUCAUUGCCGGGUGUCAGGUGUGCGCCCGACGUCGCCGCGGGCGCAACGUUUUCUCCUCGAGAACAUGGCCAACGUCGUGCGCCAGUGCCCCUUUCAAUGUGCCUCCUGUCGAUUCUACUGCAACACCGAGGAUACCUUUCUUCGGCAUUGGCGAUCCGAUGCCCACAGGGAUACUGUUUCCGUGAUAGAGGGAAUCUUCGUGUGCGCCUUGUGCAACUUUUGGUGCGAUGAUAAUGAGAGCGUGGAGGCGCAUAUAAUGAAACAAGGCCAUCAAGAUGUUGUUUCCAUGAUAAAUGGCUCGGUACCGAUAGUCAUUCGUCGCCAGCGAAUACUCUCGUGUUCAACCUGUUGCCGCCGCUUCAGGUACAACGUUCAACUACGUUAUCACGCCAAAGAAAGUGGUCAUGAGAUCAGCUACUCGGCCUCGGACGAGUAUCAGAAUCGACUGUACUGUAACUUAUGCGGUCAACUCUCGCGUUCGCUAAUCGCCCUACAACGCCAUCAACUCACCUAUCACAAGGAUAAAAACCAACGACAAGUGGCAACGGAAUUACAAAACUCAAAGACAGCAGCCCCGUACUUCUGCUCGUUCUGCUCGUUAACGUUCAAGACAGCCCGCGAAGCUGUAGUACAUCGUCGGACUCUCGGUCACAAAGAGACGCUUAAGCGUAAAAAAUCUAGCGAAGAGUCGAUUGCCAGAAUCUGCCCUCAUUGCGAGGAAGAACUAUCUAACCUUUCUGAGUACAGACUUCACUUGUUAGAAAAACAUCCCACAUCGUGUCACAGAUGUCCAAGAUGCGGCAAACUGUUUGCGUUGUCGCAAGACGUAACCAGGCAUACGCGCGACAACCUGUGUGACGGUAGCGACGACGAUACCGGCCUGAAACAAUGGAAGUGCGGUGAGUGCCCGUUCGCCAGCGAGUAUCAAGCGGAAUACUUGUUCCACAAGAUUCUUCACCGUGGACCCGUGCGCAAACGACAACGCGGAGACGACAAUGACAACGGCGACGACAACGAGGCGCCAAAGUAUACGUGCACCAUAUGCAGCAAAACCUUUGCCAAGACGGUACUUAGGGAUCACCUCAGGAAACAUACGGGCGAGAAACCAUUCCCUUGUGACAGCUGCAAUGCUAUGUUUAUGAGAAGGUCAGCUGUCAAAGCUCAUCGGAGACGAUGCGAGGCUAAAAAAACAACGAAGGACGAGAAACCAAGAGAAAGGAAGUAUGCGUGCAACGAGUGCGGCGAUGCAUUUCAUACCAAACACAUUUUACGCCAGCACAUGCUACGCCACUUCGGAAAGAAGUACAAAUGCGGACUUCCUGGUUGCCCGACAAUUCUUCGCACUGAGACGGAACUUAAUACCCAUCGUCAACUGGUUCACGAAACUUCCAGUUUCAUCAGGAAGUUCCGGUGUAACGAGUGCCCGUAUGCUGCGAAAACUAAAAACCAAUUUGAAAGACAUCGUAAGAGACACGAGACAUCCAGCAGCGCAGAGGGCAGCACUGCACAACACACAUGCCCAUACGCAGAGUGCAGAUUCCGAACGAGCCUUAGCUCCCAUCUGAAGCGUCACAUUCGCUUGCACACAGGGCAAAGGCCUUACAAUUGUCCUCAUUGCAAUUACGCGAGUAGUAAUUUGGAAAAUUUGAGGAAGCACGUGCUGUCGACGAGCAGGCAUCCCGGCAAGACGAUCUAUCAGUGCGAGUGGUGCGAGAACGGCGAGCCGUUUCGGACGAACUUUUCCAAGGUGUUGAAGGCGCACUUGCUGGUAUCUCACCCGGACAAAUACCCGACGGCAAAUCACGCGACCACUUACGUUUCCAAGAUCUUGAGCAAGUCGUGCGCGGCCAAGACCCGUAAUAAAUAAUCGUUAGGUUUUUGCGCGUGGUAAAAUUGCUCCUUCGCGAGAAAAUCAGUGUAACUUAGCUUUAAUGCGCUACCGUCGACACCGGACCACCGCGCGCAGAAAAGAUUGUAGCGCGAUGCGCGCGCGCUUGUAAAUAAAAUAUCAAUGCCCGGCGGCAGAGCUCCGACGAUAAAUAUCGACGCAUAAAAUCUUUGGCCGAUAAAAACCCAAUAAAGCGUCCUUUCCACUUUCGAAUCUUUCAUUCCCCUGACAAAUUAAAAUUCCCGGCUUUCCUGUAUCUUUCGGUACGACCUUACCAUAAUUUACGCCGUUCAAUAAAAUCGCCGAUUGUAAUUCAAAUUAACGUCGCACUCGCGCGCUAUUCCUAAUCCAGCCGAGUGCGCAACUCUUGAAACAUUGAAAGCCCGAG